AUGUCUAUAUUUUUUACAAGAAAUGAUAGACAUAGAAGUGAUUCUGUCCAAUCCUUCGUGUCUUCUAUUUUUAGUUCAAAUUCGACAAACCUAAAUGACAGUGAUGAAUAUAUCUCUAGUUCAUCUUUUUCAGAGAAAUAUAACAACAACAACAACAACAACAACAACAACAACAACAACAACAACAACAACAACAACAACAAUAAUAAUAAUAAUAAAAAUUUAGAUUUCCUCAAUGCAAAUGAGGAUUAUUCCCAUGAUUUAGAUUUUUUGCAAUAUAUUGAUCCACAACCUUCUUUACCACCUAAUUAUAAUGACAUCAAUGUUAACGCUAAAGGUGCUAUCUCUUUUCCUAUCUGGGAAAUACAUCACACUUCUGUACACCCCCCAGAAUAUUCUCCUACUGUCUAUGACUAUACAAUAGUAUCUAUUCGUACAGAAUAUGAUUCUCCCAAUGAAAAAUUACCUCAGUUUAAAUCUAAAGUAUGGCAGAAUUUUGUAUUGGAAAUUAACUCCACUCAGAUAAAUCUGUACAAUAUUCAUCCUAAAUUGGUUAAACUUAUACCCAACUAUAACCAAGGGAUUAUACCGACCAGCAUUCUUUCCUCUUUCCAAAGGAAACAAGCGUAUCAGCUGGAUUCGCGCGAUAAUGAAAUGAUCCUGGACCAAAUAAAAAUAAAUCCAAAGGAGUAUCUAAAUAGGAAAAGUUUAUAUGACUCGUUCUCUUUACAAUAUGCAAAGUGUGGUGUCCCCUUAGAUUUUCUUUAUAGAAGAUUUAUACAGGAAUUGAACGGGGAGAGAGAAAGUGAAUUUAAUUUACAAACGAUCCCUGAUGAAAAAGUUAUCUUCAAUCUAAUCAAAAUUAAGGACCAGAAAUAUUUAAGGGUCAGAUUAGAAGGUAAACAAUUCUUAAUAAAAUUCAAAGAUGUAGAGACAAUGCUUCUAUGGUAUAAACAACUGAAUAUUGGGAUUAAUGUAUCUUUGGACCUUGAUUUACGAGAAUUUCCAGAUUAUAGAGUAGUACCUAGAAGAAGAGCUCAUCAAUAUAGAGAUUUCCAUUCUACUUUUUCGACAGACUAUAUUGAUGAUCGUACCAGUGAUUCAGAAAAUUCAUCUGAUUUAAGCUCAAUAGAGGAAUCAGAGGAUGAAAGCCUUGAUUCAAUUCUAGAAGACAAUACUAACAACGAAACAGAAAAAUAUAGAUCAGACAGUCAUAAUUACACCUACGAAAAAUAUUUAAGUGACUGUCUUCGCUGUAUUAGACCACUCUCUGAGAUGAAAUCAUGGUUAAACAAAGUAAUAGUCAUGCCAACUAAAGAGCCCAAAUUUACAACAAAAAAUCUACCCAAGUAUUAUCAUCCAGUAAACACAACAAAUGACAAAUUUAAGAUCCAAAAUCAUUCACUAGGUUUAUUCUUACUAAAUGAAGAAAAUGAUCUAGUUCAAUUAGAUCAUUCUGUGGCGGUAUCAUGGAAUAGUCUCAGUUCUACCAGAAUUGUUUAA